AUGUCUCUAAAUGAAGCAAGGAAGGAUGACUCCAACAGGGAAUCUCGCCUUAGAAAAACUUUCCCUGAAGAGAAAAGAAUUGCAGACAUUGUGAAAUCAGAUGCUGUAGCUGCAUGCAAGAAAGAGAUUAAUGAGUUUGCUCAAUGUGAAAAAGCCAACGGACUCUUUGUCAUCUUCAACUGCCGAUUGCAGAACAACGCCAUGAAUGAAUGCAUGAAGCGACAUAUGACACAAGAACAUCAUGACAACGUCAGGCUCAAGAGAGCACAGGAAAGGGCAGAAACUUCCAACCAGUGA